AUGCAGGCCGACAAGAUCCCCGAAUUUCUCGCAGAGCAGCGCGACGAAGCUCUCAGCGAAUCUCAUGGAACAUUUCUAGCCUUCGAAGACUUCUGGGAGCGGAAACUAUGGCAUCAGCUGACGAAUGCGCUGAUAGAAUUUUUCUGUCUCCCCGAGAGCGCUACGCAGAGAUUAGCGAUCUUCAAGAACUUCAUCCUUAGCUUUGCAGACAAGAUCAAUCAGCUGAAGUUUGUAACUCUGGGGUUAAUGGCAUCUACACAAUGUGAUGAUGACCAAGAGCGUCUCACAUUCCUCACAUCGUUGGCGGACAGAGUGAAUAAACCCGGGUCGCAAGAUGCAUAUGUUUAUGCUAUGGCAGAUGUAGCUAGCGUAAAGCUGCGGUUGAAAGAUUUUGAGGGAGCGCGGAAGGAUCUAGACGCCUCAGAAGCAGUGUUGGAUUCCUUUGACUCUGUAGAGACCGUUGUGCAUGCCGCAUUCUACAAAGUUAAUGCGGACUAUUACCACGCCAAGCUCGAAUUUGCUUCCUACUAUAAAAACGCGCUCCUCUACCUUGCCUGCGUGGAUGUCAAAGAUCUGACAGAAGAGGAAUGCACCUCUCGAGCAUACGACCUGAGCAUAGCCGCUCUCGUAUCCGACUCCAUCUACAACUUUGGAGAACUCCUCUUGCACCCCGUCCUCGACUCUCUCAGAAACACACAACAUGCCUGGCUCCGCGACCUACUCUUCGCAUUUAAUCGCGGUGACCUCGCAGCCUACGAUGUCUUAGCGGGGAACACCAGCAAAAACGAACUUUUGGAGCAGCACAAGAUCUUUUUAUACCAGAAGAUCUCUCUGGCCGCGCUGACGGAGAUGGUUUUCCGACGACCCCCGCACGACCGCACAAUGACAUUUACGACCAUAUCCGAAGAAACGAAAGUGCAGCCUAAUGAGAUCGAGCAUUUGAUCAUGAAGGCGCUCAGUUUGGGCCUUCUCAAGGGCACUAUCGAUCAAGUUGCCCAGAUCGCACGGAUCAGCUGGGUGCAACCCAAGGUUCUGGACAUGGGUCAGACCGAAGGAAUGCGGAAUCGGUUGCGUGAGUGGGAUGCUGGAGUUAACCAGCUUGGUCAUUGGAUUGAGGGAGUUGGGAAGGACGUCUGGGCCGCGUAG